AUGGCUGAUCUGCACGCAGGACAUUUCAAGAGAGUUGAACUGGUGCUGAAAUCUUUUGAGAAUUUGACAGAGAACCAACGACAGACAGUCGUCAGCGUGGGACUGGCCACCAAAGUAAUCUUUCCUGAGCUGUCUGGGAUUCUGCUUCAGUUGAUUCGUUUGUCUCUCAAGACAGAAAUCCACUUCCCACUCAGACUGGAGGGGAUCAGAACCUUCAACAAUAUCGUUGAGGGUCUGAGCCGAGAACAGAGGAGGCUGCUCCAGAUUGAGCAGGGCCAGAACCCGAUACUGUUUCAGAUGGCAGCAGCAGUUCUCACAGUUGGAAACUACGAGCUGCAGGGCAGCCUGUUGGAGGCCCUCUGCCGCCUGACGCCACGUAGGCACCGCCAGGAAAGAGCCAACGACUGGUUCUCCAGCUCCGACAUCGUCAACGCCUUCUGUAACAUCAGAGACGCUGAUUUUGAGGCAGACUCCAGACAUUUCCUGAACUUUGUGAACGCUUCCAAUGGAGAACAGAGAAGAGUCUACACCUUCCCCUGUCUGCAAGCUUUUCUAAACACUACACAGUUGUUUCGACCCAAAGAUGACCAACUGGAGGAGUUCUGGGUAGACUUUAAUGUUGACUCAGAAAGUGUGAGCUUCUUCGUCGAUGAGCCUGAGGCCCCUCUGUGGGGCUCCAUCCACUUGGUGAAGAACGACGUGAAGCAUUACACUCUGCACGUCAGAGACAAGGAGAUGGUGUUCCGUGUUCAACUGAACAAUCCCAUCAUCCAUCAGGGCAGCAGAGGUCAUACGGUGGAGCUGACCUUCAGCAGCGAGCAUCACUGUGAGCUCCAUAAGGCGGUGGAACGAGUCUUCAUGGAAGCCACUGGCACAGUUCCACCCUCCCCCUCUGCAAAAUCAAACUGUAAACUGACUUACAGCCGCAAGAAACCACAGAGCAAGAGCCAGCUGAAGGUUUUACCUUUGUCAUCACCAAGCAGUGAGGAAGACUCCACCAUCUGCUUGGUAAUAACACUGGAACAAGAUGUCAAACAGUGUGUUCGUGAUGGGGAGGAGCCUCACAGCUCUCAGCAGCAGAAGGCAGACUUUGGAGGAAAUAUUUCUCCAAUAAAAAAGGAUGUCAUCAGGAAGAGAAAAGCUGCAGAUUCAGCUCACCUGUCAGACCGGAGUGAGACUGUGCCUGCCACGAAGAUGAAGGCUGAUCCUCAGUCAGAAGAGGAAGCACCCCUGAUCAUAGCAGAUUCAAAGGAGGAAGAACCAGUCACCCAGGAAGACUGGCAUCUACCCGAACCAUGCUUCGAACCACAGACUGAGCUGGCACCCAACAUCAUCGCUGCCUUCAAAACAUUAGAAUCAGAGCUGGAGAAAGACUUCACUGCCUGCAGGGAAAAAGUCGAAGCUGGAGUACAUUUUACUCUGAUGGAGUGUGAGCAGCUCGUUUCCUCACUGCUCACAACGGUUCAUGAGAACAGGCUGAAGUUGCUCCAGACAUUCGGGAGCAGCAUCUCGGAUCAUCUGAAGCAACUUGCAGAGGAGUCGUCAACUCUGAAUUCCAUCAACACCCAGAUCCUGGUACUAACGUGA